AUGAUGCAGAAAACAGGAGAGAAGAACGAGGCUAAGAAGCAAUUGAGCACUAACAAUCCUUUAGGAAAAACUGAGAGAGGGCUGGGGUUAUCUUUAGAGGAAAUAACCAAUUUAAUCCCAGCACUACGUAGUGAUUUUCCAGUAAAUGUAGGUGAAAUUAAAGCACUAAAAGCAGAAGAUUUAGAUAAUAUUAAUAGAAGAAGACAUCUAGAGAGCUAUUGUCGAAGUUUUGCAGAAUGGACUAAUUAUGAGAAGAAGCAGAUGAUUAAUCAGAAUUGUUUAGGUAAUGAUGCUUUAAGCUUAUUUGUUAAGGAUUUAAUUUUGUUGUCCCCAAAGGAUAAAGUUGAGUAUAAUAAUGUAAUAAAUAUUUUAAGGCGUAAAUAUAAAAUAGCACCUUCUAAGUCUCAAAUAAUUCAUAUUUAUGAACAAAUUUCAAAACAGGAUAAUAGCUUUGAUGAAUUAUGUACAAACCUAUUAGAAGAUGAUGAAUUAACUAAGCAGAAUAUAGAUAAUUAUGAUUAUAUGAUAGACGAUAUAAAUAACAAUUUAUCUAAUUUAGGUAUUGAGAAGAGUAUUUUGUCAAAAAAGGCAGUUCGUAGUCAAUCUGGUGUAGUUGUAAUAACUAUAUUGACAUCACCAGGUGCUUUUUCAUGUAAGCAUGACUGUCACUAUUGUCCGAAUGAACCUGGGCAACCUAGAAGUUAUUUAUCAACAGAACCUGCAGUAUUAAGAGCAAAUCAAAAUUCAUUUGAUGCAAUUAAACAAUUUAGAGAUCGUUCAAUAACAUUAAAGAAUAAUGGUCAUAUCAUUGAUAAAAUUGAGAUUUUGGUUUUGGGUGGUACAUGGAGUGGUUAUCCUAGGGAUUAUCAGAGGAAUUUCAUCAGGGAUAUAUAUUAUGCUGCAAAUACAUUUACAAAUGGAUUUCUUUAUAAUGAUUCUGGUUUUAAAUUUGAUUUUAAAGAUCGUGAGAUUUUAUCUUUACAAAAGGAGAUUGAAUUAAAUGAAAAUGCAGAAUGUAGAAUUAUUGGUCUAACUUUAGAAACACGUCCAGAUUAUAUUACAGUGGAUGAAAUUUCUCAUUUAAGAGAGCUUGGGUGUACUAGAGUACAGCUAGGAAUCCAACAUACAGACAAUAUGGUUUUGAAAUUAAUUAAUAGAGGAUGCUAUAUGAAACAAGUAAUAAAAGCUAUUAGACUUCUUAAAGAUACUGCUUAUAAAGUUGAUAUUCAUUUAAUGCCUGAUUUACCUAAUCCUUAUGAUCAUAAAAAUAUCAAAGAUAUGACUAUUGAAGAUAAGAAAUAUAUUGAUAAUAAAAGAAAUAUACUUUUAGACUUGCAAAUUGAUAUAGGGCAGAAAUAUGCACCAAGUUUAGGUGUUGUGAAUGAUUAUAUAAUGUUAUCAAAUGUUUUAAGUAGUCCAAUGCUUCAAUGUGAUCAAUGGAAAUUAUACCCUUGUGAAGUUGUUCCAUUUUCAAAGAUAGAGGAAUGGUAUGAAUCUAAUAUGUACAUACCAUAUACAGAAAUAUAUCCAGAAUCUCUUUGCUAUCUUUUAUUAAGCUGCAAAGUUGGAUUACAUCCCUGGAUUCGUAUAAAUCGUGUUAUUAGAGAUAUUCCAAAUCAAAGUAUCAUUGCUGGUAAUAACUGUACAAAUUUAAGACAGAUAUUAAGCGAGAAAAUGAAAAUGAUGAGUUUAGUUUGUAGGUGUUUAAGGUGUAGAGAAAUUAAGGAUAAACAUUUAUAUCAACAGGUGGAAAAUAUUAAAAGUGACAAGAGUUGGGAAGAUUCUAGUAAAAAUUCUCAAACUAAAAAGAAACUUAAAAAAAAGAAGGGUGGGAAUAAUAGACUGCAAAGUAACAAUAACAACUUUUGUAAUAAUUUAAAAGCUAGAGAUCUUAGUAUUGUAUUAAGGAUUCGUCAGUAUUCAGGCUUUGGAGGUAGAGAAUUUUUUAUAUCUGUUGAAACAAGAGAUGAAUUGGAUCUCUAUGGCUUUAUUAGAUUACGCUUAAGGUUAACUGAUAGUCAAGUUGCAAAAGAAGAAAACAAGAAUUUUGUUACUGGAGAGCCAAAAGCUGAACAAUAUUUAAAUUAUUCUAUUAACGAAUAUAUACAAGAUAGCAAGGAUAUUUUUAAAAAGUUCCCAAUACUUAAAAAUUGUGGAUUGAUAAGAGAAUUACAUAUUUAUGGUUUAGUUUUAACUCAUAAUAAUUCAAGUAGAUAUAAUCAAGAAAUACCUAUUCAACAUAAAGGAUAUGGGAAAACUCUUUUAAAAGUAGCUGAAUAUAUUUCUUACCUUUAUGGUUUUAGGAAAACAGCAAUUAUAUCAGGCAUUGGAGUAAGAGAAUACUAUGGAAAUAAUGGAUAUAAACUAGAAGAUACUUACAUGAUUAAAGAUAUUGGAAAUGAUACAGAAAUAAACAUGCCUAGCAAUUAUGAAAUAGAUAUUCAGAUUUGGGAUCUUGAGACGGAUUUAUUAAAGGUAUUAAAUUCUAUCAAUAAAAUAGAUGAAAGUUCAAGGAAAGAAGGUGGCUUAGAAAUACAAGGUAUACAUAUCAUUGAUGGACUUGCUAAAUUCCAUAGACUUAAAAAUAUGGAAGAAUAUAUAUCAAAGAUAAAAGAAGAUAGAAGUACAGAGUCUGAAUAUAUUGAUUAUAUUAAACAAGAAAAUAUGGAAUAUUCAUUAAAUAGUUCGCGUGAUAGUUCGCAUGAUAAAAGCCUUACUGAAAAUAAGUCAGAAAGUAAAGUUGAUACAGAAAGUAAUAUAGAUAUUGAUAAUAAGUAUAUAAAUGAGACUAAUUUUGAUCAAUUUACAAUGAGAAGGAAAGUAGGCAUAUUAUCAUCUAUAAUUAAUUCGAAAUAUACAUGGAUAUACAGUAUUGGAUUUAUUGCUAUAUCUAUGUUUAGUGCAUCUCUAUUAAGGAAAAAAGGGAAACUUUAA